AAGCGCUCCGAAUACGCGCCACAUGUAGCUCAGGGUUCACGGAAGAUACUUGGCAAGAGAAUACCCCGAUUUCCACGCGUCCCACACGGAGCUAAGCGCUCACGGCUCUCGAACAGCAAAGUCCUCUUUUGCAGCGAUUUUUUUCUCUGAAGGAACAUCAGUUGCCGAUGGUACCGUUCAAAGCUCUCCAGUAUCUCCUGAGCGUCACAGGUUUCGUUGCUGUCGUUUCAGCCGAAAAAUACAACUGGUUGGGUAAUUUGUCUCCGUACCACAAGGCUCCUGUUCCCCGUGGAGUAUCCGAGACGUUGCCAGAAGACUGCACCGUUGUGCAGGUGAUGCUGUUGGGGCGUCAUGGCAGUCGAUGGCCUCUGCAGUCGGAACUCGUUUUUAUCACGAAUCUCACAGAUAAACUGGCCGCGUCCACGGAAUAUAUUCAGAAUGCUGAUCUUCCUGAAAACUUGCAAUUCCUGAAGAAUGGCUAUGUCACGACUCUAGGCCACGACAACCUUACCGCCCCGGGUAGAAAAGAGAUGUUCGAUCAUGGUGUAAAUUUUCGGCUCAAGUACCAACAUCUGGAGGCUACCAGCGUACUUGCUGGAGAUGAAGACAGGGUCGUGGAAUCAGCCCAGUGGUUCAGUCAGGGAUACUUCGGUCGCGAGUGGGCUGAGCUUGAGUCGAGAGUGUUUUCUACUAUCCCUGAGGACGAGGUUACAAUUUCCUGGAUUACCCCGAUGGACACAUGUGCUAAUUGGGCGUACUCAUACGGCGGAGAUGCAGUAGAGACAUGGGAUUCCGUGUAUCUGCCUGCGAUAACCGAGCGUCUCAACGGCUUGCUCCCUGGUGUCAACCUGACGGAUGCUGAUACUCACGGUGUACUGUACGCUUGUGCAUAUGAUUACGCAGCACUGCGCGUUUCCCCGUGGUGCGAUGUAUUCAACCAUGAUGAACUUGCCAAUUUUGAAUACGAAUUGGACAUCCUCAUGAAUGGCGCGUUCGGGUAUAAUCUCCCCGGGAACAUGGGCCCCCUUUUGGGCACCAUUUUUGUUAACAAGUUGAUUGAGCGGUUCUCCGACUCGACAGGAAAUGCAUCCGCCGUUUAUUUGGAAUUCGGUCACGACACAACGAUUGACACGGCUUUUGCCGCCUUGGGAUUGGCGAAGGACACUCCCCCGCUCUGUGCGACCGGACCCGUGCCGCCGAACAGAGCCUUUCGUACUUCCACUCAAGUACCGUUCGGUGCGCAGAUGGUAUGGGAAAAGUUCACAUGCACGUCUUCGUUCAGCGGACCGCAGAUUCGCCUCAUUAUGAAUGACUCUCCAUUCCCCUUAUCGGCAUGCGCUGGGACCGAACAAGAUAGGUUGUACGGAUCUUGUUCCUUUGAUAAGUUCGUGGACUCGAACGCCUUCAGUACAUCAGUUUCUUGGGGCGAUGCGACAUGGAAUGCAACUUGCGGCGAAGCAGAUCUCUGAAUCUCAGUACGCAGGGCAACGGCGAAGAACCCGUCUUUUUCGACAAAUGAUUAUGAGUUUUCAUUUUCUUCGGGAUCAAUCUACGAGUUCUGAUUCAGUUGUUAUCGAACUACUUAACUUCCACAACAUCGACGCGUGACAUCACAACCCGUGCUU